CAAAACUUUUCUGUGCCCCUGGGUAUACAGGUAUGUAAUUCAAACAUUUGCAGUUCACAUAUCAUAAUUUUUAUGACCAUCCCAUUCAGUUAGAAAACCCCAUAAGGGGUCGUAACCCACAGGUUAAGAAGCUGGGCUACAGGGGACCCCAUGAGCAAGCAGAUCCAGUUGUUUUGAUUUUGGGGUUUUAUUUGAAGAUUCCUUCCUUAAUGCUACCAGAUGUGAAUAAACUGAAGCUAAGAUAGCCUUUCACCCCCACACUGACAACAAACCUCCGCUUUUGUAUCCAGGAUUAACUAAUCAUUUACUGGCUCUUCCCUAUCUUAACCAGGGAUCAAGGUGACACCCCAGAUUACACAACUGAUGUACAAAAAGUGACCCUUUUGUAGGAACCCGCUGCCUUUUUUUUUUUUUUUUUGAUUCUAAGAGAUCGUCUUAUAAAUUCUGCCUGCCUGCUUUUGCUCCUGUGGCCGGUAGCACGGAGGGUUUCCAUGCUUUGAGACCAUGAGGGUGCCGGCCAUCCUCCUGCUCCUCCUGGCCUCAGCAGGUCCUUCCUUCUCACUGAGUCCUGCAGAUUGUGAAGCCGCAGUGCCCAAGGCCGAGGAAAUCCUCCGUCUGAUCAACGAAAGGCGGACAGAAGGUUUCCAAUUCCGGUUGUUGAGGGUCGCUGAUGCCCACACUGAUGUCCGUGAAGAGAAAUCUGCCGUUAUCCACUAUUUGGUCCUGGACGUGAUAGAAUCUGACUGUUCUGUCCUAUCCAGGACACACAAAGAGGAAUGCAAAGAGGAAGGUAUUAGACUAAUUUCUGAAUUGGUCAUCGGGAAAUGCAAAGUGGUGGCCAUCACCCACUCAAACACCUCUUGUGAGCGGGAACUGGACGAGCUGAUUGAGUUCAACUGCACGACAAGCUCUGCUUCUUUUGCACUGACCAACAAAAGCCCCGGGCCUACCAUUAUUGACCACUUUGAAGAUCCAGAACCAUAUAAGGAGCAGGCGGAGAAAGCCCUCGAGCACUACAAGCAGGAUCAUGUCAGUGCCUCCUCAUUCCAGGUGGUCAAAGUUGAGAGAGCUUUGCGAGUGAGGGGAGGUGAAAGAUUCAUCUUACAAGUGGAGUUCAGCAUAGCGAACUACUCUGCAGAGUCAGUGGGGCCUCCCUUCUUCAGGAGCUGUCCGGUCUUUGGAUUUUGCCGGGCAGUUCUUCCGUAUAACUACGAGGAUUCCGACUUGAACAACCCACUUGAUAUAAAUGUAAAAUGUGAAAUUUUCAAUGCGGAGGACUCCAGAAAUGUCAGCAGUGGAAGACAUCACCAUCGGCAUCAUGAUUACUUCAAUAGGUGCAGACACCUCCUCCUAGAGAACGGCAUCUAGCCCAUAGGCCUUUGGGUCCUGGGUGCCGAGACUCUUCUUGCCAUCAUCAUUCACAUGAGCACGGGGGGCCACCUCCCACCCACCAAUCUAU